AUGUGGCGGAGAGCUCCGAACCCCGAGAGGCAGAUGAGCGGCUGCGCCUGUCUCGUCCGAGUCAGGCGAUCCUUUCGCGCUCCACUAGCUUCCGCGGUUCCCUCGCGUGUAUUUGACCUAUUUUGCCUGGUUUUUUUCGUCGCCUCCACUGUGGUUUCAUAUUCCCCCGCGACAGUGUCAGGGUUUCGCAGCGCAACAGAUGUCGCUACUUGCCGAGAAGGCAGCGGACCCCUGCUGCUGAGCAUCAGGCACCCGGCAGCGACGGUUCAGUUCCGGUGUAGCGAAGGCACGGAACUGCUGCAACUAUCGUUCAGAAAGAAGCCAUGCGGGAAUACGGCUUGCUCCAGGUCAGCUGGUGCUGCGCUGCAAUCGGAGGUGUCUAAGGACGAGCACAAAAUCGUGACUCUCCACACUGGGCUCUCCCUGCCGAAAAAGCCCACCACGGCGUACUACUUCUGCGGAAGAAACAAUCCGGCCCCAGGCGCGAAACUACGACCUUUUCAAGAGGCGCAGAAAACGUGCACAGUCCAAGUCUCCGUCUGGGGGCAAAACCGUGAGACCGUUCCGGAAGGUCACACGUGUGCAGAAGGCAAGAUCAUCGCUACAGUCAUUGGCGCGUCGCGAAAAACGACGUUCCAGUGCGGCGCGAACCAGAUCCUGAAUCCAGUCCUCUUCGAGAAUGUUUUCACUGAAAAGAGGAAAAGUGGGGAUACAGUGGAGGAGAAGGAGGUGCCCCUGCCUGCUCUCGUCGAAAGCGCUACCCUUGUCGAGAACGGAACCGCGGGCGGGGCUGACGUUGCCUACACGCUCUCCGUCACCACGCUGCCUCUGUUUCCCCAGACCUUCUUCUACAGAUGUGUCCCUAAGCCAUCAAGAAAGAGAGCAUUGCCGACCACAGGUGAAAGGAACUGCAAAGUCAGUAUCUUUGUGGAGCAUGCUGACCCUGCAUCGGGGCCUCUGCUGAAUAUCGCGGAAACAGCUGUUCUGAGGGGCGGCAAUGUCUGCUUCGUAUUCAUUGUUGUUGUGGUUACAGCUGCCAUUGAGCGGCUUCGAUGA